AUGAAGAAAUUUUUAAAACAUUUUGAUAAUCAAGAGUUAAAGACAGAUUUAUCAGCAAAAAUUAUUUCAUCAUGUACGCCAUCGAAGCAAUCGGGAAAUGCUAAUUGUCAAGAUACUUUUAUGGACUGUUUACGAACUCAAAUGUUAAUCACUGCUUUUGAAAAAUUACCAAAAUUUUCUGGUAAAUCGAAACAAAAUGUAUUUAAUUGGUUACAAGAAAUUCAAAAAACAAUGAAUAUAUUUAAAUUAACAGAUAAUGAAAAAUUGCUUUAUAUAUCUUUAUGUUUAGAAGGUGUUGCAAAAGAUUGGUUUUUUGAUUAUGUGGAUUCAUUUUUAACAUGGGCAUCUUUUCUGGAAAAAUUUAUAAAAAUAUUUAAAUUACCCAGGUAUACUGAUAAUUUAUUUGAUCCAUUAUGUCUUUUUGAAAAUUAUAUUAAACAAAAUACUAAACAAUGCUGUUUUGAAUUUAUGAAUUUACAUAAAGAAGAAAAUAAUAUAACUCCACAAGCCAUUCCUUUAAUUGAAAAAAAUCGAUUUACUUUUCAUUCACCAACAGAUAAACAAUAUAUUGCAACAUCAACAAAUAUUAAUAGUGAAGAUACAAGUAUGUUUCUUGGAUCUAUUAAAUCUGAUCUUGAUCAACCAGUUUCUCAACAAUUAUCCGAGGUGAAUCCAAUAGCUUUUGAAACAAAAGAAGAAACAUUAAAUAGUGAAGAUGAACGAGAAAGAUCAACUAUUCAAACACAAAAGGUUGAUUUAGCUCCAAUGUAUGAUGAAUCAUUCAAUGUUUUAAGUUUGGAAAAAUUAACACCUGAUGAUAUUAAUAUUGUUUCCGAUGGUCGCGAUGUUUUUAAAAAUUUUGGCAUUACAACUUAUAAUUCGAUUAUUGCAACUGAUACUGUAUUUAAUGUGAUACAAUAUUCAUUAAAUAUGCAUAAUGAACCUAUAAUAACUGAAAUACGUCGUCAAGCAAACAUUACAACAACAACACAAAUGAUCUUACUCAAAAUUAAAAUAGCGUUCGACGUAAAAAUUUACAAAAACAUUUUGAAAAUUUAUUGGCUAAUGAACCGGCCGUUUGAUCCUGGUGGUGUAGUGUCGGUCAAGCAAGCUUUUGGCUUUAUUUGCUUGACCUGUACUGUGGGGGGAGGUGUUAGGAUCCGCCAUCUAUAUAUCUUAUAUAGAUGGACGAUCCUCCUUCUUAUUCUUCUUCUUUCUCUUCUCUCUCUCUCUUCCAGUAGUUGUUGUUGUUGUGUAUACUGUGUGUGUGGUGUAUAUGUUAUAGAUGGUGAUCUAAGGUCGAUCUAUUGUUUUUGUUAUUAUUUGUUUUUUCCUUUUUUCCAUCUUUUUGUGAACAGUUUAGGUUCUUCUAUAUUAUUUUAAAUAAAGAAAGUACGGAACCUAACAAUGCUGAUCAAUUUUCCUUUCGCAUGAGAUACUCGAUCAGCUGACUGACUUCCAAGGUUUGCUUCGAAAUGAGAAAAACAUGUGAAUAGAACUAUCGUUAUCAAUGUUGCUUUCCCUCUAAUGUUCAAUCAGCACAGCGGAUCCGAAGAUUUCUUCGAAGUCUGGCAAAGAGGUGAACAUAAAUCUCGUUAUGAGUGUUGCUUUAGCAUGUAAUAUUCGAUCAGCUGAUCAAGUCAAAAGGUUUGCAUCGAAGUAAGAAAGAGAUCCGCAUGGAAGUCUAUUUAUCACUAUUUCUUUGACACGUGAUGCUCGAUCAGCAGACCGAGUCGCAAGGUUUGCUUCGAAGUGAACAAAAUAGGUGAACAGAAGUAUAUUGAUGAAUGUUCAUUUCAGCUGUGAUGCUCGAUCACCAGGUCAAGUUCCAAGGUUUCUGUCGUAGUGAGCAAAAGAGAUGAAGAGAAGUAUUAUUAUGAAUGUUCAUUAUCUGUGUGCCGUUUGAUCAGCAAACCGAGUCGCAAUGUUUGCUUCGAUGUAAGUAAAGUAAGUGGGCAGAAUUCUAGUUAUGAAUGUUCUUUUCCCAUGCGUCUUUCGAACAACUCAACAAACUGUACCGUCUACUUUGACGUAAGCAAAAGAGACGAAAACAAGUGUGCUUAUCAAUCUUCCUUUCGCCUGCCAUGUUCGAUCAGCUCUCAAGUCGUCAGAUUUCCUUCGAAGUAAACAAAACAGGUGAACAGCACUCUUCUCAGUAAUAUUCCACGGUAAUGUCAUGUAUUGUCAGUUGACCGACUCGCAAGGUUUCCUUCGAAUUGACGAAAAGAGCUGAACAGAAGCUUCUUGGCUAAUGCUUCUUUGGCAUUUGAUGCUCGCUUAGCUAGCCCCGUCGGCAGCUUUUGUUCAAUGUGAGGAAAAGAGAUGAACACAAGUCUUCUUACGAAUGUGCCUUUGUCAUGCCAUGAUCGAUCUGCUGCCCGAGUGGUGAGUUUUGCUUCAAAGUGACCAAACUACUGUGCACUGUUUUUUUAUACUUCUAAGGGAAUCUUGCGACUCAAUCAAUUGAUAGAACAUCACAU